GGUGGCCAAUUCCGACUUGCCCACGUUAUCCUCAGCAUGUCCACGCAAGUCAUUGACCAUUAUCAAUGAACUGACGCAUCGCCGGCCUAGGGACACCUUUACGCCGUCUAUGAAGGCAACCGGUGCCGUUGCCAGCAUGUUUCGGCUAUGCUCAGCGGAAGUCCUCGAGGCAACCUGCUUGCAAGGAUGCUGGGAAUGAUAAGCACACACAGGAGACCAGUGAUCUGCCAUUGCUGUGCGUCAGUGGUCCCCUGGAAUAUGAGCGGGUGAAGACGGUCCUGAUAGGCACGGUUGCAAGAUGCCUAUCAGUGGCAAGAUAAGAUGAAUGGGUAUAGCCUCUUCUGCUGAGAUCACUGAGAAUACAAAAGCCUGGCGGCCGCUUUAUUCUGGCGCAAGUCUCCCGACCCGGACAUUGUGAACUCUUUUGAAGGUACCUUCUCUGCGGCGACAGACUCUCUCGCUCAUCAGUCACAAUGGCGGACACCACUGGCUUUCAGAUUGCGGCCCCUCUGUCGUCAGGGCUUGGAUAUGGCCUUCUCGUCGGAAUCGGCGCAGCCUUCGCCAUCGGCAUGUCGUCAAUUUCGUGGUUUCUGAGUCGCUAUUUGAACGAGAUCCAGGACUCGGAAAUGUUCAUGACAGCAAAACACUCUGUACAGACUGGUCUUAUCGCUUCUGCAGUAGUGUCCUCUUGGACUAUCGCCACUACACUUCUCGGGAGUACGACGUACGGCUACGACUAUGGAAUUUCGGGGCCAUACUGGUACGCUGCUGGUGCCUCGGUGCAGAUUCUGUUGUUUUCGGUUGCCGCCAUUGAGUUGAAGAGGCGGGCACCAAACGCUCAGACGUUCUUGCAGGUUGUCAAGGUGCGGUAUGGGACUGCUGCACAUAUCGUGUUCUGCACCUAUUCCCAAGUCUAUCAGCUUAUCACAACCGUGAAUCUCUUGGUCGGUGGCUCGGCUGCCUAUUCUGCGAUGACGGGUGUCAAUCGCGAUGCUUCUUGCUUCCUGUUUCCCAUAGGUGUUGUGAUCUACACUUUGGCAGGUGGAAUCAAAGCCACAUUCAUCACGGAUUGGGUUCAUACGGUCAUUAUCUACAUCAUCAUGCUCUACUCCCUAUUCCGGGUCUACGUCACCUCCGAGGUCGUGGGCUCACCCGAUAGAAUGUGGGAGCUUCUCAAAGAGGCAGCGCAUCUGCAUCCCGUUGAAGGCAAUGCACAUGGAGAGUACUUGACAAUGCGGUCCGAAGGCGGAGGAUAUAUUGGGCUCGUCUUUAUUGGCGCUGGCUUUGCUGCCGCCGUUGACAGUCAACUGUUUCAGAAGGCUAUUGCUGCAGACCCGCGCAGUACGUCUAAGGGUUACAUCAUCGGCGGCUUGUCAUGGUUUACGAUACCAUUUGUGCUGGCUAGCACCUAUGGGCUGACCGCUGCUGCUACGGAACACCUCCCCAGCUUCCCGAUCUACCCCAACCGCAUGAACACAUACGAGAUCUCAUCGGGAAUGGCGAUGCCGUACGCUGCACUGGCUGUAAACGGCAAAGGCGGCGUCAUUGCUAUCCUACUGAUGGUCUUCAUGGCUGUGACCAGCGCUAUGUCCUCUGAGACAGUGGCAACGACAGCUUUGCUAACAUACAACGUCUACCAGGCGUAUAUCAACCCCAAGGCCACCGGAAAACAACUACUAUUCUUCUCUCACUGUGUCACCGUUGGCUUUGCUAUCGUGGCCGCAGCCGUUGCUAUCGCCUUCAACCACGGUGGCUUCAGCGUCAGCUUUUUGAUUACUGCCAUUGGAAUUUUCGUCGACAGCGCGAUUGUGCCCAUGGCAUGCACCAUAAUGUGGAAAAAGCAGUCCAAACUUGCCGUGAUCGUCUCGCCGUUGGCCAGCUCGGUGGCCGCCAUCCUGGCCUGGUUCUUGACCGCAUAUACUCAUUUCGGUGACAUCACAAUUGCUUCUCUCAGCCAGAACCUACCUCUUGUCGCCGGCAACAUCAUGGCGAUUACUGGACCCUUUGUCCUCACACCAUUGCUCACCUAUAUCAACCCAGACGACUUUGACUGGCAGGUGUUCAAGGAUCAGAUCAAGCGCGGUGAUGAUGAACAUGUGACGGUCGACGGACAUGUUGUGACGACUCACGAUGCCGAGGCCCAAGCAGUUCUGGAUGAACAAAAGAAGCACGAAGACGAGAAUGAAAGGAUAUUGUUGGGAGCUCGAAACCGCUCCAUUGCAGUCAGCAUUGUACUCACUCUGGCUCUGACUCUCAUCUGGCCGAUCCCAAUGUAUGGCACAAACUAUAUCUUCAGCAAGCCAUUCUUCCGCGCGUGGGUUGCGGUUCUUUUCAUCGUCGCCUUCCUGGCGGCUGGGGCUAUUACUUUGCUUCCAAUCUGGGACGCACGGCAAGUCAUGCUUGUCAUUUUCAGACGAUGGUUCAAGAAGGAUCAAGCAUACGUCGCUGAAGCUAUCAGUGAUGUUGUGACUGGCAAGGAUGGGCAGAUCGUGUCGGAAAACACCACGCCUGCGAAAAAUAGUUCGGAGAAGCUUGCUGGGUAGAAAGCGGGGGACUGUCCAUACUCUUCAGGAGCUGACGAGGAGACCCAUUUGUUGAAGAUGUACCUAGAAUUGCUGAACAUGGCCACGGUUAGAACAAUGCUCUGAUGAGGGACAAGGCCCGAUUGCUUGAGA